AUUGGGGAGGAUCUGAGUGCGCGCCAUCUCCCCAAACAGGCAUUAUCAGGGCGAACGUUAAGCCGAGAAGCAAGUGUAGUAGUACAUUCAGGUACACUUAAAUAGGAUCGGUUUCAGAUGUGAGAGCAUCACAAUCGAAUUUACUCUCACAGAGUACAGAGCAUCUUUUUUUACAUUGGUCGAAAACUAACAGUGAAGCACAAUGCCGAACUUGUCCGAGUUGAAUUUUGAGGAACGAACUCCUGUCGUUUUUCGCCAGCUUGCUGGGAUCAAAACAGGAGAAAUCCCUUGUCGCGUAUCCCAUGGUUCAUGGGAGAGUCUACCUACUCAAGUGGCCCCCUGGGUUAAGGCCCAGGUUGAAUUAUGUCAACCGGAUUCUCUACACAUCAUUGAUGGCAGCUUAUCCGAAGAAACCCGUCUAAAAGAACAACUAGUCAAGGCUGGUGUUAUCAUCCCAUUGCCCAAAUACGAGAACUGCUUCUUGACCCGAACCGAUCCCAAGGAUGUGGCCCGAGUGGAAUCCAAGACUUUCAUUAGUACCCCUGAAAAAAUUGAGACUAUUCCCCCCACCGCCGAAGGCAUCAAGGGAACUCUUGGCAACUGGAUGGCUCCCGAAGAGUUGGAUGAGAAAGUGAAACAGAAAUUUCCAGGCUGCAUGCGAGGCCGUACCAUGUACCUGAUUCCCUUCAGCAUGGGACCCGUUGGUGGCCCAUUGUCGAAGAACGGCAUUGAGUUGACUGAUUCAUGCUAUGUGGCCAUCAGCAUGAGCGUCAUGACCAGGGUUGGCAGCAGGGUCAUGGAUUGCAUCAGAAAAAGUGGAGAGUUCGUCAAAUGCUUGCAUUCAGUGGGUAAGCCUUUGGCUCCCGGACAAAAAGACGUCAUGUGGCCUUGCAAUCCCGAAGAAACCAUGAUUGCUCAUCGUCCUCAUUCUUCUGAAAUCAUAUCUUUUGGUUCCGGAUAUGGCGGAAAUUCACUUCUGGGAAAGAAGUGCUUCGCUCUGCGGAUUGGUUCUGCUUUGGCCAGACAACAAGGCUGGUUUGCCGAACACAUGCUUAUCAUGGGGUUGAAGAAGCAUGAUUCGGAAGAGCGACGAUACGUGUGCGCCGCAUUCCCUUCCGCUUGCGGGAAGACAAAUUUAGCCAUGUUGAACCCAACAUUGCCUGGGUACGACGUGACCUGUGUCGGAGAUGACAUUGCUUGGCUCCGAUUUGACAACGAUGGAUCCCUCCGAGCCAUCAAUCCUGAAAACGGGUUCUUUGGUGUGGCACCUGGAACCAGCGACGACAGCAACCCAAUUGCAAUGCAAACCAUUUUCAAGAACACCCUCUUCACUAAUGUUGCCAUGACUGACGACGGCGGCGUCUGGUGGGAGGGAAUGACCGAAGAAGCUCCAGCACAUCUGAUCGAUUGGUUAGGGGACGAUUGGACCCCCAACAAUGGGAAAAAGGCCGCUCACCCGAAUUCAAGGUUUUGCGCUCCGGCUGAGAAUUGUCCCAUCUUGGAUGAAAGCUGGGAAGAUCCCCAAGGGGUUAAGAUCGAUGCCAUCUUAUUUGGUGGUCGGCGACCCGAAGGUGUUCCUUUGGUUUCCGAGUCGCUGAAUUGGCAACAUGGCGUGUUCUUGGGAGCUGCAUUGAAAUCAGAAGCGACCGCAGCAGCUGAACACAAAGGCAAAAUGGUUAUGCAUGAUCCCUUCUCCAUGAGGCCUUUCUUUGGAUACAACUUCGGCGACUACCUCAAACAUUGGUUGGAUAUGGGUUCCAAGCACUCUGCUACUGUUCCCAAAAUUUUCAUGGUCAAUUGGUUCAGAAAGUCGUCUGCUGGCAAGUUCCUCUGGCCUGGAUUUGGAGAGAACGUUCGAGUUUUGGAUUGGAUCAUGCGCCGUUGUGAUGGCUAUGACGAUAUUGCCACCAAAUCUCCUAUUGGCUACAUCCCCACAGAAGAAUCGCUUAACACUGAGGGUCUGGGACGCAUUGAUUGGGCUGAGUUGUUCUCGACACCCAAGGACUUUUGGCUGGACGAAGUUGCGGAACUUCGUCAAUACUUCAAACAACAAGUUGGCCACAGCCUCCCACAAGAAAUUCAAUCCGAGUUGGACGCUUUAGAAAAGCGAUUUAAUGCUUGAAGUUAUCUACCAUCGACUUAGCCGCCCUUUACAUAGUGGUUUCCAAAUUCACACUGCUAAAAUAAUGAAAGAAGACCUGCAAUGCAUGUCGUCAGAAAGCAAUCAAAACUAUUGUAAUAAAUGAUAAUCAAUCAGCAA